CUUUGCUAUUAUUAAUUACUCGCAACACACUCACUCUCUCUCACUCCACUUACAUAGCUUUAGGUUGCCCUCGAUCAGUUCUCUCGCGCGCGAUUGUUGUCCUUGUCUUCGCGCAAUCGAAGAGAUCAACGUACAUCGACAAAAAGUUCGUGCAGUACGUAGGAGAGAGAAUGAUGAAGUUGGAUCGCCGCGUGGUAGGGUUCCGGUUCCUCCCCACCGACGAGGAACUCGUCGUCGACUACCUGCUCAGCAAGGUGUUGGGAUUCCCGCUCCCCUCCGACGACUACGUCAAGGACUGCAACCUUUACGGCGACUUGGAGCCAUGGGACAUCUGGAAGCAGUACUUUCGAGGCGGCGCCCACGAAGAAGAAGACGAUGCUGACGACGAUGGCGACGAGAAGAAGAAUGAUCUCUACUUCUUCACUCCGCUCAAGAAGCGAACCGCGACCGGGACAAGACUCGACCGCAGCGUGGGAUCCAACGGCGGGAGUUGGCACGAGGAAAACGUCGGCAAGGAAGCCCAGACCCUCGACGGCGCCGUUUCCUGGACCCUGAAGCGGUUCAGCUACCGUACCAAGAAGAACAAGAAGGAGGAGAAAAAACCGCAGACUAGUUGUUGUUCGUGGAUCAUGCACGAGUACUGCCUGCUGCCGAUCCCCGAGCUAGGGCUUGACUCUGCCGCCGCGUCCAAGCUCGCAGUCUGCCGACUCAGAAAGAAGGAGAGCUCCAAGAAGAGGAAGAACAACAACAACAAGUCUGCCUCCAGGGUCAUUCUCAUCCACGAUGCAGCUUACAGCCACGUGGAUGCCGAAUCAUCAAUAAUCGACGACAACGAGGCUCAUGAGAGUCAGGGAUCCACGUCCACUUACAAGCGGCGGAAGCUCCAUGGCGAAGACCAACAACAAGUAGUAGUAUCUUCGUCGUCCGUGGAAGUCCAGAUGCAACGACGUCAAUGCCUGUUGUCGGGAGUAAACCAAGGCUUGGCCAGCGACGGUGGCCGUAAACAAGAAUUACAAGAAGUAGAAUCUUCGUUGUUCCAGAAGGAGAUUGACCAAUGCUCCUCGGAAGUAAAAGAAGACGUGGUUGACGGCAAGGGCAACUUGAUCAACGAAGAAGAAGAAGAGCUGGACUCGUUGUUGGAUAAGGAGAUUGAAGAAAGCUUGGCACAAGUCAAAGAGGACGACGGGGUUGAUGGCAACGGCAACGAGGAGGAAGAAGAAGAGCUAGACUCGUUGUUUGAUAAGGAGAUUGAAGAAUGCUUAGCAGACGUAAAAGAGGACAACGGGAUUGACGGCAACGGAAACCAAGGAGUAGUAUCACCGUCGUUCCAAGCGGGGAGUAUUAAUGAAGGAGAAGGAGCAAUGACGCAGCAGCAGUCGGUGGAGAUGGAGUUAGUAACGGCAGAGGAGGCAGCUUGGUGGUCGGCCGUCUCAGCCUCAGCGGAGGGAACAUGCAACGUCAACAACGCCUUUGGUUUCAAUUACGUCGACUGUCCUUUCACUGUUGAAGGUCUACUGGCGGAAUGUUCCUGCUGAAGAAAAUAAUUAUUAGUAGCUAGUCCGCAUUCAUUCAUUAAUUAACUUCUUCAUGAGAAUUAAUUAAUCGUCUUCAGCUAGCUUUGAGAGAUUGAUUCUGCAUGUAUGGAGACUCUGUAUACUUUUGUAAGUAAAUAACAUAAGCCGGCUGCUACCUUUUACUGCAUGCCGACUUAUUUUUUCAUAAGGGUGAUAUAAAUUUCAUUUUGUUGUCAUUAAGAUACUAUUUACGAGAUUCGAACAUGAGACAUCCAAAUUUUAGGCUAGUGGUAUUACCUUUCCUUUCCUGUCAACUUAUUAAUGCAACUAUGCAAGUUAGUUUCCUUAGUUUCUUCUGCCUAUUUAUUACCUUUUCUGCUUCCUGUCAACUUGCCAUUUUUUACUCAAUCAACAUAUCAUGAACUAACAUUGUAUUAGUGAUUGACUGAACUCCAUGUGCUAAAACCUAUUUGUAAUGUCAAGCUUUUGCUUUUAAGGGAAUUUGUAAUGUCAAACUUGUCAUACAUCACUCAUACAAUGCAAUUAUGUUUAUAAGUCUCAAGUUUCAACAAAACAACGUUUCCUCGGCUUUAUUAAUGAUCGGCUGUCCUGUCAGUACUGAAUCAGAAGCACUACUAUCAAUGUAGACAUAAAUACCCUGAAAACCAGAUUAAAAGCAAGUUAUAUAAAUUUCCAAGCUGGUCGCAUUACAUGGCAAAAUUUUCUUGAACUCAUAACCAAAGGCAUGGAAGAGAGGGAUCAAAUUGAUAGAGCAGCAGCGAAGUGAGCAUGGAAGAUGAGAAUUGAGAUGGGAGAAAUGGUGGUGAUGAUAGGCCGUUUUUUACAUGCUCAAAACGGAGAACGCAGUUCCUCCAACAACACCCUACACUAAGAGCCUGGUCAACCAGGAUCAUAACCGUACCAUCACCGAUUUCGGGUAAUUUUUUGAAAAUGUCGUUUUCCUUGAAUUUUGAAGGCGACGGAUCACAGAUUCGUCCUUAGGGUACUCUCUACCAAUGAUGAAGUCUACUAAUCACCGAUUUGGGCAGAGAUUUUGUCGAACUUUUUCGGGGGGUAUUUUGGAAAUUUUCGGUGAAAUUUUCGAAAGGCCGUUUUGCUUGGAUUUUGAAGGCUACGGAUCACGAAUUCAGCCUGAGGCUAUUCUUUAGGGAUGAAUAAGUCUAUUAAACACCGAUUCGGGCAGAAUAUUUCCGGGGACAUUUUUGGCAGAUUCCAAAUGGGUACCAUCACCGAUUUCAGGCGAUUUUUUGGAAAUGUCGUUUUCCUUGGAUUUUGAAGGCGACGGAUCACAGAUUCGUCCUUAGGGUACUCCCUACCAAUGAUGGAGUCUACCAAUCGGUGAUUUGAGCAGAACUUGGUCGACCUUUUUCGGGGGGCAUUUUUGUAAAUUUUCGGUGAUAUUUUCGAAAGGCCGUUUUGCUUGGAUUUUGAAGGCUACGGAUCACGAAUUCAGCCUGAUGCUAUUCUUUAGGGAUGAAUAAGUCUAUUAAACACCGAUUCGGGAGGAAUAUUUCCGGGGCCAUUUUUGGCGGAUUCCAAAGGAGCAUCACCGAUUUCAAGAGAUUUUUUGGAAAUGCCGUUUUCCUUGGAUUUUGAAGGCGCCGGAUCACAGAUUCAUCCUUAGGGUACUCUCUACCAAUGAUGAAGUCUACUAAUCGCCGAUUUGGGCAGAAAUUUGGUCGAAGUUUUUCGGGGGGCAUUUUCGUAAUUUUUCGGCAACAUUUUCGAAAGGCCGUUAUGUUUGGAUUUUGAAGGCUACGGAUCACGAAUUCAGCCCGAGGCUAUUCUUUAGGGUUGAAUAAGUCUAUUAAACACCG